AGCGGCUCAGAGAUGGCGCUAGUUCUGUCAAAUUUCCACCAUCUUGUAUUGACAUCUGCCAAAACAUUCCUCUUUCAUUGCGCUUGUGUUUUUUGCCGAGUUCUUAAAUUCUUCAAAGAGUCCCUAACCACGCAUCAAGAUGGGUAGGGAGGACAAGGCUACUUGGAAAUCCAACUAUUUCACCAAACUCAUCCAACUCUUGGAAGAAUACCCCAAGUGUUUCAUUGUGGGCGCUGACAAUGUCGGCUCGAAACAAAUGCAACAGAUCCGUAUUUCUUUACGUGGCGCUGCUGUCGUACUCAUGGGCAAAAAUACCAUGAUGCGCAAAGCUAUCAAGGGCCACCUGGAAGCCAACCCGUGCCUGGAACGUCUGUUGCCGCACAUCAGAGGCAACGUCGGCUUUGUCUUCACCCGUGGAGACCUCGUCGAAGUCCGUGACAAACUGCUCGAGAACAAAGUCAGGGCGCCUGCGCGUGCCGGAGCCAUCGCACCUUUGUCCGUUGUCAUCCCAGCUCAAAAUACAGGGUUGCCACCAGAAAAAACAUCUUUCUUCCAGGCUUUGAGUAUUCCAACCAAGAUUUCAAAAGGAACAAUCGAAAUCGUCAAUGACGUCAACAUCCUCAAACCCGGCGACAAAGUGGGUGCCUCUGAAGCCACCCUUCUAAACAUGUUAAACAUCUCUCCAUUUUCCUAUGGUCUUAUUGUCGAACAAGUCUACGACUCUGGUACUAUUUUCGCACCUGCAAUUUUGGACAUCAAACCGGAAGACUUGCGUCAAAGAUUUUUGGCCGGAGUUGCCAACUUGGCCGCUGUAUGUUUGACAAUUGGAUACCCGACAGUCGCUUCGGCGCCCCAUAGCAUUGCCAACGGGUUCAAGAACUUGCUGGCCAUCGCUGCCGUUACCGACAUUGAAUUCAAAGAGGCCAAUACCAUCAAGGAAUUCAUCAAGGAUCCAUCUAAGUUUGCUGCUGUGGCCGCUCCGGUUGCAGCUGCGGCUGCCGCAGCUCCAGCUGCUAAAAAAGAAGAGAAAAAAGAUGAGUCUGAAGAAGAAGAUGACGACAUGGGAUUCUCGCUCUUUGACUAAGCUGUUGUUUGUUUUUUAGGAGCCUGACUGGUCAAUAAACAAUGAAACAAAAU